AUGAAGCAGCUUAUGUACAGCAAUGAGCAAAAUGUACGUAUUCCAGUCAAUCCAAACCAUACACAUGAACUAUAUCCAACAGCAUCAUCAUCACAGUUUGACUCAACAACCUCAACACCAUAUCCAUCGCCUCAUUCAGUUGCAAGUAUGAAUACACAAGUAUCCGACUUUAACAGUGGGAUGUUUGAACUGGACAGGUUUGAGUAG